CUCCUCCCCCGGCCCCCACAGCGCCCGCGGCCGGCCCAGCCAGCACUAGGGAGCAGCGGCGGCCGCGGCCGGCGGCCGAGUUGGGAGAAUGCGGCGGCGCUCGCGGAUGCUGCUCUGUUUCGCCUUCCUGUGGGUGCUGGGCAUCGCCUACUACAUGUACUCCGGGGGCGGCUCGGCGCUGGCCGGGGGCGCAGGCGGCGGCGCCGGCAGGAAGGAGGACUGGAAUGAGAUCGACCCCCUUAAAAAGAAAGACCUUCAUCACAGCAAUGGAGAUGAGAAAGCACAAAGCAUGGAGACCCUUCCUCCAGGGAAAGUACGGUGGCCAGACUUCAACCAGGAAGCUUACGUUGGAGGGACAAUGGUCCGUUCUGGGCAGGACCCGUAUGCUCGCAACAAGUUCAACCAAGUGGAGAGUGACAAACUGCGAAUGGACAGGGCCAUCCCUGACACCCGGCAUGACCAGUGUCAGCGCAAGCAGUGGAGGGUGGACCUGCCAGCCACCAGCGUGGUGAUCACGUUCCACAAUGAAGCCAGGUCGGCCCUGCUGAGGACAGUGGUCAGUGUGCUUAAGAAAAGUCCACCCCAUCUCAUCAAAGAGAUCAUCUUGGUGGAUGACUACAGCAAUGACCCUGAGGAUGGCGCUCUGUUGGGGAAAAUUGAGAAAGUGCGAGUUCUUAGAAAUGAUCGGCGAGAAGGCCUGAUGCGCUCCCGGGUCCGUGGGGCUGAUGCAGCCCAAGCCAAGGUCCUCACCUUCCUAGACAGUCACUGUGAGUGUAACGAGCACUGGCUGGAGCCGCUCCUGGAGAGGGUGGCAGAGGACAGGACUCGGGUCGUGUCGCCCAUCAUUGACGUCAUUAACAUGGAUAACUUCCAGUAUGUGGGGGCAUCGGCUGACUUGAAGGGCGGUUUCGAUUGGAACUUGGUGUUCAAAUGGGAUUACAUGACGCCUGAGCAGAGAAGGUCCCGGCAAGGAAACCCCGUUGCCCCCAUAAAAACCCCCAUGAUCGCUGGCGGGCUGUUCGUGAUGGACAAGUUGUAUUUCGAGGAGCUGGGGAAGUACGACAUGAUGAUGGACGUGUGGGGAGGAGAGAACCUGGAGAUCUCGUUCCGCGUGUGGCAGUGUGGUGGCAGCCUGGAGAUCAUCCCGUGCAGCCGCGUGGGACACGUGUUCCGGAAGCAGCACCCCUACACGUUCCCAGGCGGCAGCGGCACCGUCUUUGCACGUAACACCCGGCGCGCAGCAGAAGUCUGGAUGGAUGAAUACAAAAAUUUCUACUACGCAGCUGUGCCUUCCGCCAGAAACGUGCCCUAUGGGAAUAUUCAGAGCAGAUUGGAGCUUCGGAAGAAACUUAGCUGCAAGCCUUUCAAGUGGUACCUUGAAAAUGUCUAUCCGGAAUUGCGGGUCCCGGACCAUCAGGAUAUAGCAUUUGGAGCCUUGCAACAAGGAACCAACUGCCUGGACACGUUAGGACACUUUGCCGAUGGUGUCGUUGGAGUCUAUGAGUGUCACAAUGCUGGGGGGAACCAGGAAUGGGCUUUGACAAAGGAGAAGUCGGUGAAGCACAUGGACCUGUGCCUUACUGUGGUUGACAGGGCGCCUGGCUCUCUUAUAAAGCUGCAGGGCUGCCGAGAAAAUGACAGCAGACAGAAAUGGGAACAGAUCGAGGGCAAUUCUAAGCUGCGGCACGUGGGCAGCAACUUGUGCCUGGACAGCCGCACUGCCAAGAACGGGGGGCUAAGCGUGGAGGUGUGCAGCCCGGCGCUCUCGCAGCAAUGGAAGUUCUCGCUCAACCUGCAGCAGUAAGAAAGGGCCCCCCGGGAGGCUGCUGCUCCCACGCCACCAGGCCGAGGUCGGUGAUCACAUUCUCGAUUCUGUUUCUUCAAACUUUCCACGAAACUAUAUACCUCAGUAAAUUCCAUCACGGUCUGUGUGGCCGAGGACUUGAGCGAGGAACGCUGGGGGCACCGUGUACACAUAGCAGCAGCAAGCCGAGAGAGGUGCCUGCGCCCCUAGCCACUCGGCAGGUAGCUGGGUCUCCCUUCCCGGAGGCAGAAGCGCCCACCUGCACCCACGGCCCCCUGACACCGUGUGCUCAGCCACUGAGGAGCAAGCACCCUGUCCAUGACCAGCACAUGGGAGAGAAGCUGCCCAACGCCUCCAGGUGGGCUGGUGGACAGGGAGGACGCCCGGGAGCGCCCGCCGGGCCAGCGAGGAAAACGCUUCCAUUUCCGACCCCAUCCGAGUCACGUGUGGUUUCUGCAGCGCCCAGUCAUGUCAUUUCACAGGCUCCUGUUGUUGUCCUCCACCCCCGGCUUCUCCCCCCCAUGUGCCUCCUUGAUGUCCCUUGCGUGUUGAAUAUGAAUUUUCCCACGAUGGACACCUGAUAGGAAUUCCCAGAGAAUGGGGCAUCUGUCAGCCAUGGCCCAGCCAGACAGCAUCCUGACAGAGCAGCUGGCAGCCAGGACAAACACCCAUGGGUGCUACUGUGUUGUGGAGCCCUCCCCCUCCCCCAGCCACCAGUUCCAGCCCACUGCCCUCUGUGGCUUCGACCCAGGCUGCAUUACACGUGCUGUCACUGGCUGGAGACCUUGGCGGGGUGCUUACUCUGAAAGAUAACACUUUGGUGUCUUUUAAAAUUGCAUUUCUUUUCUCUUAAAAAAGUUCACUGCAGCUCCCUGGGUGAGCAGGGAGCGCUUCACGGCUACCUGGUGACAGGGCCAAGGGGCGACACCAAGUAGCUGUGGCACACCAGGUCUGCGGGUGGGAGGGAGGGCUUGGGGGGCUUGGGUAAAGAAUUAGGGAGGGUCAGCAGCAAGCAAUGCCUGCCUAGUUGCCUUUGGGCUUCAGGCCAUAAACAGAAGCCUUCAUGGUCCCAUACAACACUGCUGUGAACCCAAAGUCCCAAAAGGGACACAGGUCUUUGUGACGUCCCCCACGUGGCCACAGGUCGGGCCUAGCCCCUGCUGGAUGGCCCCCUCGUCAUGCCCAUGUACGUGGCCCUGCUUCCUUCUCCAGAUCCCCCCCCCCCCCGCCCAACACACACACACAUAGUGUUCUGGUCUCAAAGGAGACAUGAUGCAGCCAUCCCUGGCCUGAGCUGCUGGACCAAACAACAGGCAUCAUGAAUCCAUGCGGAUUCAGCACCCCGAGGCCAUGGGAGACUGCCUUCCUAUACGUGGGGAGAAGAGGCUCCCCCUCAGGCCCCACACACAUACUCCGGGUGGGGAACCAGCCCAUGUCAUCUCUCUCUUGUACCCCUUUGAGCAGCCAGGGUGGCCAUGAACCCCGGGAACCUCUGCACAUCUCUGGCUUUAGAGCCAGACCCCAGGGUAGGCAGGUGCAAGGAAAUUGGGGACACAUGCUUGGCUGUUGCCAACAGCACCUGGCGGGAACAAGUCUGCCAACCCAUUGGUACGCAGCCCUGGGCACCUGUGAGCUACUACUGCUGUUUUGGGCGUGGGGGUGCAGAGAGAACCGCGAGGCAAUCCAGAUUUGGCCUGUGUUUUUUUUAUACCCUUCCAUCCCACCCAGAACUCUCACCAACAUUGGUACCGUGGGGACACAGGUGCCUGUCUCCCCUGUCCCUGGCACUGCUUGUGCAUCUGUAGGGGAGGAGAGGGACAGGAGCUGACUUUGAAGGGAACAGAGGAUGGCUAGGGAGGGACACUCCGCGGCGAGCUAUGUUUACACGACACAGUGUGCCAAAGUGAUCCACUGCGGCCGCGGGGGUUUCUUAUCACCAGGACUCGCCCUCCCCAGAACCCCCUCAACUCCAGUUUUUAAAAUCUCACAGACUUCUCGGCUGAGAGCAAAGCGCAACACCAUUCACCGUCUCUUCUGUGGUUGGUCCCUUGUCUCCACCCAAGUCAGAAUGAUGGUACCCGCGAGUAUGUUUUUGCAAAAUCCAAAAUAUAGUUUGGUAAUUUUUUUUUCCAGUUGAUUUUUAAAAAAAAAAAAGAACUGCUGUACAGAGCUUGUACUUUGUCCAUUUUAUAGAUGGAAACCAUCCUUGACAAUUGUUUAACUUAAAUAAAGAGAAGAUACUUUA